CAUGCCCGGAUAUGACGUGCUGUUGCUUAUUCUGACGUAGCCACUACUUAGCGUCAGAGGCGACGAGUCUUAUCAAUACGUUGCAGUUGCUAUCUUUUGUUUUCCUGUUUUAGAAGGAAUCUGGAAAUCGGCACUAUAUUCAUCCAUUUAUACAUUCAAGAAAAAGCGUCGGGAAAUUAACUUUACAGACUCGCCAGCGUGUUUAGCUCGUUUCUUGGCUACGAGGCUAAUUGUAGUUAGCUAUAAUUAUGGCUCGGUAGCUUUAUGCGUCUCGAUGAGAGAACAAAUCCCCUUCGUGUGUAAGUAAAAGACAAAACUGUCGCGUCAGCUCGGUUUAGGAAGAUGAACUUAUCUGGUUAUAAACUUAGAAAGUGGUAAAGAGCUGUGUAUUUAUUAGCUAGUAAGCUAGCAGCAGCUACAUCGAAAUUUUACAACCAGUUGCUAACAAACUCGCCAGCUGGCAACAUGGAUUUCGACAGCGUGCUCUCCAUCGCCUCCCAGAAACAAGGCCUGAGCAGCUUACCGAAGAGGUACAGCUUGAAACCUGGCCCUCCAAAAAAAGACCCAAAGGUGAAAGGUGUGAAUUCUGCUGCAGUACAAGCAUUUUUAAAGAAGCAGGAGAAAGAUCAGAAAAAGAAAGCUCUGGAACAUAAGAAGCAGAAGGAAGUACUCAUGGCUAAGAGAGUAGAAUUAAAAUCGGACCGAAAGGCACGUGCCAUGGCGUCGCGCACCAAGGACAAUUACCACGGGUACAAUGGCGUACCUAUUGUAGAUAAGCCCAAGAAAAGGCAGAGUAAGUCUGACAUGUUUGAAAACGAAUCAGGCAGAGAUGAUGAUUACUACGAUGAGGACAAUUGUGAAUAUGCCAGCACUGCCUCUGAAUCUGAACCAGAAUCCAUGCCUGCAUUAAGGCCCCAGGAACGCAGUAAUGGGUCAACCAGAACGAGCAACAUUCAGAAAAAAACGAACUUACCACCCAAGGCUACUCCACCACUCAUGAAUUUUGCAGACCUCUUAAAGCUUGCUGAGAAAAAACAGUUUGAACCUGUCGAGUUGAAACCAACAAAGAAAAAUGAAGAGAGGCUUCGCACAGCAGAGGAAAUUAGGGAGUUAGAACUUGAGCGCAAAGCAAAGAAACAAGAUAAAGGGAGAGACAUUAAGCCAGAUAAAAUUUCAGGGCACAAAGAUAGUAAAUCCAGCAUGAUUUCUCACAAGAAAAAUAUGGUUGACCGCGAAGGAAUAUCACACAGAUCAUCAAGUGAGAAAUCAUCCAGUGGACUUAGCAAAAUGCCAAAGCUGCACACACACACUGAGCGAUCGCACAGUUCUGCCAAAUCAUCUCAUGGAUCCAAACCCAGCUCUAGCUCCUCAGGUGCCUUAAGUGGUAAAGCUGCCACGAAGGGAACUUCAGCGUCAGUCAAGCAAACAGGGCCCAGGCCCCAGUCUGGUGAAAAGCCAACAACCUCAAGUGACCUUAACUCUAAGAAAGGCUAUCCAGGACAACCGCUAGUAAAAACGAAUAGUUCUGGGAGCCGAGCAGAUGCUGCUUCAAACUUGUCUAGACCAUCAGGUCCUGGGCAAGGGGUCAAAGGAUCUGGGCACACCAGACCUAUUCAGGGUAUGAUGAAUUAUAAAGGACCUCCUCAAAAGCCAGGAAAGAUGGAGGUGCCACGAACUGGAGGCAAUCCUCCUCCUCGACCAGGUAUCAACAGACCUAUGAAAUCUGCACCUGCUGGCCCUUCAAAACAACCAGAAACCUCUCAUCAGCCAAGACCUGGCAGCAGCGUGCAGGGCCGUCCUGUUCCCGGAGGGGCAAAACCCUCUGUAAACGGACAAAGCAGAUCUUGUCGACCGUUAAAUUCUAUGGGACCAGGACCUGGAAGACCUCCAUGUACUGUUGUGGCAGAGACUAUUUCAUCUAAGAACUUCACACCUAAACAAGGAACGGCUGCCAUGCCUCCAGUUCCUCAGGGGACCCGAACAAUCAUAGCACCAACAGGUCAUAGAGUUUUGGUUAGAUCAGCUGGACCAACGUUACCACCCAUAACAUCCAGCUACAAACGCAAGUAUGAGGAUGAAGAGGAGUACGACUCCGAGAUGGACGACUUCAUUGAUGAUGAAGGAGGAGACCAGGAUGAAAUUUCAAAACAUAUUCGGGAAAUCUUUGGCUAUGAUCGGAAAAAAUACAAAGAUGAGAGCGACUAUGCAUUGAAGUUUAUGGAGAGCAGUUGGAAAGAACAACAGAAAGAAGAAGCGCGGAGUCUCCGAAUGGCUGUGCUCGAGGAUCAGGAGGAAGAGCGCCGCGAGUUGGAAGAAAUGAAAAGCAAAGGGGGGAAGAGGAAAAAAAUAUCGUGAAUUAUUAAGGGACAGAUAAACGUAAUGAACCCUUUGCUCAUCUGGAUGAAUCUACUGUGUACCUUAAUGCGUCUUUGUUUUGUCUUUGCUUCAGUUUGCGCUUGGGAAUUAAAGAAGAUGAAGAAGAAAUACGUAUGGAGGAGGAGGAGAUGAAAAGAAAGCAAGCAAUGAAAGCAAAGCGCAAAAAGACUUGAUGUUGAAGUUUCUUUGUUUGAUUGACUUGCGUGGAGUAAAGUCAGUUACAUGGAUCAGGCUCAACACUUCCCUGUGCCAUUCUUCAACUAAUAACACAUUAUUUAUUUCAAAUUACCAAAAUAGGGGAUCAGUUUUGCACUACCGAAAGCCCAACUUUAAUAGCUGAGCUUUAGAGAAAGUAAUAUAUGAUGUAUCACUAAUGCCAUUUUUUUUUUAUAUAUAAAUCUCAUGAAAUUACAAUUAUGUAAGUGCAGAAUCAACAUAUGUUUGGUAUUUGUUCAGGAUUUCAAGAUUGUGAGUCUUAUUUUAUUAACAGUAUUUAAUGAUGAAAGAAUACAUUCUGGAAUAUUUUGCAAUGUAUUUUUCUUGUUAAAGCAAUUUGACAGAUCAA